AUGGCGCGUACCAAGCAGACGGCUCGUAAAUCCACCGGAGGUAAAGCUCCCAGGAAGCAAUUAGCCACGAAGGCUGCCCGUAAAAGUGCUCCUGCUACUGGCGGAGUUAAGAAACCUCACCGUUAUCGUCCGGGAACUAAGGCUGCCCGUAAAAGUGCUCCUGCUACUGGCGGAGUUAAGAAACCUCACCGUUAUCGUCCGGGAACUGUGGCUCUCAGAGAAAUUCGUCGUUAUCAGAAAAGUACCGAAUUGUUGAUCAGAAAAUUGCCUUUCCAACGGCUGGUCCGUGAAAUAGCGCAAGAUUUCAAGACCGAUUUGCGAUUCCAAAGUUCUGCUGUAAUGGCACUCCAAGAAGCUAGCGAAGCGUACCUGGUCGGACUAUUCGAGGAUACGAACUUGUGCGCGAUCCACGCUAAGCGAGUAACGAUCAUGCCGAAAGAUAUACAGCUGGCAAGACGUAUUAGGGGCGAACGUGCCUAA